CUCCCCGAUCGUACCUUCUGGCUUCUAGCCCGUCCCCCUUUUCCUCCUCGUCUCCCGAGAACGUGGAAGACUCCGGAUUGGACUCGCCGUCACACCCAGCCACCGGGCCCUCCCCGGAUUCCCGUCUGUGGAGCCCGCGACCCUGCACCCCCCAGAGCCCUCUCGGCAAACGGUCUUCGAAGAGCUCCUUGAGUCUUCGCGGCAGCCGCCGUGGCCUGCUGGCUGAGGACGGACCCAACCCCUGGCUGCCCCAACCCGCCUCCCAGGAUCUCCCCUGCUUCGCGUCAGAUCCCGACUGGGCAGAUUCCGUAUCUUCAUGGCCCGUGGUGGCCCACAGCAAUUCCACCUGCCAGCGGGAAGCGUCCUCCCCCGACCCGUUCUCCUUGGAGGGUGCCGUCGGCAACCGGCGGCCCUGGCCAAUCAGGCCUCGCAGCCCGGCCUCGGACUGCCCCCCACGGGCCUGCGAGCGUGACAGCUGCCUGUCGUCCAAUUCGGCCUCCUCAUCGUCCUCCUCCCCAGCGCCCCCCAGCAGCGGUGACUCCACCAGCCCCUCCCCGUGGGCCCCACGGUGCCGAGACUCAGAAAGUGGGACACCAGGUAUCCCUGAAGUGUCGUCUGAACCGA